UGGGCGUCAGUCACACUAAUGAUCAUUCAAACAAAAAUGGCGGUCACACUCCCAAUGAGAUUUUAAAAUCACAAUAUUGCCAUAAUUUUGCCCUAGAAAUGGAUAAAAACAAUCGUAGAAGUUCGCUGCGGCAACCACCAACAGCCAAAGAAGACGAUCAAACAGCACCAACGACGACGCGCAAUUCCUUGCUCAAGCGUCGCACACUUGGAGGGGGUGCAAGGGAAUUCGUGAAUACAGAGGAGCCGCACUAUUGGGAUAACUCCUACGAACUAUCGGAUCACACCAAUGGCGAAGACAGCAGAGAGAGGGCAUCGAAAACUGGCCCCUGCCAGCAGACGCCGACAGCGGACAAGGAGAAUAUACCUCUGCAAUGUGAGUACGAAAGUACCCGAAUCGAUUCGACGCUGAAUCUACGGACGAGCAUCGGCAUGGAUGUGCCCAUGUUUCCAUAUGAAAAGAGUCGGAACACGAGAUCGGAAACGAAGCCGAAUAGUACGGUGAGCAGAGAGUCGCUCUAUGCCGAGAGUUUCUCGCUCUCCACGAUUGGGCGGGACAAGCUAAAGGAUGCGAUGUACAACCAUCGAAUAAUGGACAAGACCAUCGAUCUGAUGCAUAUCUCAUCGAAAGCCAGGGAUGACUGCUCGUUGGAGUUGUCCUCGUUCGAAAAGGAGCAAAUGAAAACACAACCAACGAGAUCUGUGAGUGAUUCCGUUAUGGACAUCACGCCACUAGGAAUCGCUGAUCCGGUCCCACCCCCAGCUGCCGCUGCUGCUGCUUCAGCUAAGCAGAGUUUCAUGGACCUGGAGCAGGAGUUCCUCAAUUGCUCUCAUCAACGUCUGACAACGAAAGCAACGGAGAAUAUUAAUCCUGUACAGAAUGCGGGGAAUAUGGAGAUGGAAGAGAGCCGAAAGGAGAGCCAGAGGCAGGCAGAUGCAUCCUUUGACUGCGACAUGAAUGUCUCCGGUGCUAGAGACCGUUUGCCAUCGAAUGGCUCCUUCGAAACGGAGUCCAACAAUAGCACCAUCAACUAUCUGGGAGACGAGUCUGUUCUCAUACCAUAUGACAUGAUUUCCGGGAAGAAUAUCAGCAAAAAGUUGACCUUCCGCCAGCUGAACGAUCAGCUGGAAGCGGGCAAGAUCAAAGUCCUUGUGAACGGCCCCAGGACGCCCACAACCGAUCGCAGCACCAAGCAGAAGAGGUUUUGGCAUGGCCUCCAUCAGGAUCAAGAUCAGGAUCCCAUGGGCAUCAACAUAAGGAGCAUCAAGCCGCGGGGAACGUUGAAUUUCAGUGAGAAUAUGACCAUGUCCCCCCUGGCACAAGCAACGCCAGUGGCAGCGCGUGUGGCAGUGGAAUUGCCGAGAGAAAAGCUGAUGGUACCACCACCGGACGACAAGCGCAAGUAUCGGCUCUCGCAGGCGGAUGAGAUGAUGCUGGACAACACGAACUUCCUGGCCCAUGCCAAAUUGGGCGAUGAGACCCAAUCCCGCAAUAAUUCCAAGAGCUUCACGAGACGAGAGACAACAUAUGAAAACUCGGAGCUCGAUUUGGGUUUGCCCUGCAGACAGGUCAACUCUCAACCAUCGACCAUACAGCAGGAGGCAGCAUCGAAGCACGCCAAGCCCAGACAGACCAUUAAUCUGCCCGCGGAAAUGGAACAGGAUGUGUUUCAGUUGGAAGAAGCUGCUGCUGCCGCCUUCCCUACAGGGCGCUCCUGUGCCCGACGUACGUUGCACAUGAAUGAGUCCAUGGACCAGGAAGCUACGACGCAUCAGCAGAGAAUGAAGAGCCGUCAGGUGGUGGAGUCUGUUAGGGAAGAGAUUGUCUGCCAGUCGGAGGAGAACGUCCAACACAAGGGCAGCAAAUCGAAGCGCAGAGAGACUCUGCUGAUGGAGGUGAGCAUGGAAGAGGAUAUUAGAGGUCCCACCAAGGAGGUGCUUCUGAAGGGAAAUGCUCCUACCAUAGCGGAGCAAUCUAAGGCCAGGCAUACACUCCACAUGGCGGAACCGCUGGAGAGAGACGAAACUCUCCCCGGGAAUGCCGCAGCAGAACCCGUUGAGGCGCAUCAACCAAUGGGAUAUCAGAGUUCCAGAGCUAGACAGACCAUUCUUCAGGCGGAACCAAUAGAGGAAGAUGCUGGAACUAACGUCCCACAACCACCGGCCCCCGUUUGGGUACGCACCAAAACGAAACGCAGAGAGACUCUGCUGAUGGAGGAGAGCAUGGAAGAGGAUAUUAUAAGUCCCCUGAAGGAGCUGCAUCUCAAGGCAAGCGCUCCUACGCUGGCAAAGGGUGAAUCUAAGGCCAGGCAAACUCUCCACUUGGCGGAACCGUUGGAGGAAGACGAAACUAACAGUCGGAGUGCUGCAGCCAAUGGGGCCAUAAGGAAGUCGUAUGUGCAGCUGCCAGCACCUGAACCCGUUGAGGCGCAUCAACCAAGAUCCAAGGCUAGACAGACCAUUCUUCAGGCGGAACCAAUAGAGGUAGAUGAGGCAACUAUCAGAAUGGAUAAGCCCACUGGCUAUCAACGUGGCAAGUCCCGACACACUCUCCUUUCGGCAGAGCCCAUAGAAGAGGAUGUUAUGGCACCAAAAUCCACGCUCCAGCAACAUUCAGCUGGACAACAGCGCUCGAAAUCAAGGCACACGCUCCUCAUGUCGGAGCCCAUAGAAGAAGAUACGAAUCAGGCCAGAGAACAGCCACGCCACGCCAGAUCCACAAAUAAGGAGGAGAAUCUACCCAUCGAGGAGGAUUUCAUUGAGGAGGAGGAGGUGGAAACUAAGCGGAUCGGCCACUCAACUGUGUAUCGGUCUUUCAAAUCGCGGCACACUCUGCUACUGUCGGAGCCCAUAGAGGAGGAUCACACCAAGGAACAUCAGCCCACUGAGGCUGUGACCACUGGAUAUCGUUCGUCAAAAUCUAGACAAACUCUGAUAAUGUCAGAGCCCAUCGAGGAGGACCAAACCAAGGAACAGCCUCUGCUUACGGAGAAGUCUUUCAGGGAUGUGGCCGCUGGAUAUCGUUCGUCGAAAUCUAGACAAACUCUGAUAAUGUCAGAGCCCAUCGACGAGGAGACGAGCACUGCAUACCAGAGUUCCAAACCGAGAAACACUCGCGAAUCCAAGGAGAAGAUUCCAAGUGUGGCCUCCAACUCCAGAAAUACGCUUCUAGUGGCUGAACCGAUUGAAGAAAAUUUUACAGCCAUUAAGACGUCUAAAGCACGCCAGACUCUGCUCUUGGCCACCUCCAUGGAAGAGGAGAAGGAAGAGGAGAAACCGCUGACAAAACCGCCACUCGAGGGGUCUACCAAAGUGGCUACAAGCCGUGGCUCCCGCGCCCAGCAGACAAUGAUCAUGUCUGAAUCUAUGGAAGAGGAGAAGGAAGAGGAGAAACCGCUGACAAAACCGCCACUCGAGGGGUCUACCAAAGUGGCUACAAGCCGUGGCUCCCGCGCCCAGCAGACAAUGAUCAUGUCUGAAUCUAUGGAAGAGGAGGAGGAGGAGGAGGACGACUUCCAUAGUCCCCUGCAAUCCUGCAAUCCUUCGGAGCUACUACCGAUCACCCCCAUGCAGAAACAAAACCGCUCAACGUCUGGUAACUCGAUGAAUGAAUUUGAGGAGUUCGAGGAGGAGACCAACCGGUCGGCUGUACCUCGCGGUCCGCUGCAGGCAUUACUGCUGCGAAAACGAUCCAUGUAUCAGUCCGUGAAAAUGGAUUUGGAGGGGGAAGCCUCAGGACUGGGCACUCCCAUACGGCACAGUGGACAUGCCAAGAGAUUACCCACCCACCUCACGCCCAAUCUGCCAGAGUCCAAGAAGCGGAACACCCAUCUCUUUGCGGACAGUAAAAUGCUGGAGGUGGAGCAGCAGCAGGAGGCGAUGGAGCUGAGUGCUUCCAUUCAGGAAGUGGCGUCGGCAGCAGCGGUGAACAAAUCACGUAUUCCCAUCCGAGACUCAAUCAAAAUGGAGAACUUUAACGAAACUGUGCAGCCUGUGAGAGACUGUCAGGGUCUCUCACGCCAAUCACGUCUCUCACGUCAAUCUCACGUGAUGGAUGAUUCAGAUGUGAUUGAGGUACUGCCGCCGCCGCCGCCGCCGCCCCCAGCCACCGCAUUCGAGGAGAGGCACAUCACCAUUUCGGAUGUGUCCACCUACUUUCAAUGCCAGCCGUGGCAGGUGAAGAAGGAGCCGGCCGGGACUAUGACAGAGCAGGAGCCCCGGGAGCAGCGCAACUCUGGCAAUAGGGAUAGUGGAAGCUCCACGGAUCGUUCGUUCAAGAGCUACGCACCCACAAAUCAAAGAUUCAUCAAUCUAUCCGGGGACACGACCAUCUUUUCGGCUGCCCUAGUGGAGAACAUCGAUAUGGAUGAGCAGGAGACCAAUCCGAUAGACCAUGUGCGGCUCAGCUUGGUCUCCACGCUGGCGGAUGAACCGGACACGGAUGAGGAGGCGCCGAAUGAGGGCGCUGAGGGCAUGCCCGCACAGCCAGAGCCUCAGCCCUGCCAGGAGCAGAAGGAGAGGUCUCGAGUGGUGGCUGCUGGGUCCAGCGCCUCCUGCAGAAAGUGCGCCAACUGCAGGCGAUCCCUGAAUGACACCAAGCUGAGCAACGAUUCCUUUGUCCUGCCCUCCCUCCCCGAGUGGGAUCUGACGCGGGAAAUACAAAUGCUGCGACGCGUGAGACAGAAGCCCAACUUGGAUGACGUGACCAAGUACUGGCAGAUCAAGGAGCACGAGAGGCAGACCAACGCCCUGGAGCACGCUUUGGACAAUUCGACUUUAGAGGAGGGGGAGGAGGAGGAGGAGGCGGUCAGAAAGUGGGACGUCAACGAAGUGUUGGCCGCAUACAAAAUGACGAUGGAAGGAUUCAAGCGCAAUCUGGCCGGAAGCCAGGAGGUUAUACAGCAGAUUGUCGAACCACCAGAGGAGACGUUCUUUGACCGCCUGGAGGAUCUGUUGGGCGAGCAGCAGCCCAACUGGAUCUUUGACUAUCAGCUAAAGGUCUCCCGCAAAUUGAUAUUCACCCAUCGACUGCUUGCCACAUUUCGCCUGAUUGUGGACUACGAGACAGUGGAUGAGAUGGAGACUGCCAUACGGGUGUGCUACAUCGAGGUGGAACGGGCCACAGCCGGUUCACUGCAGCAAUGGACAGCGUUUGAGCAUCUGCUCGACUUUCAGCUGCAGCUCAAGCUGCCAGUGAAUCUCACCAACUCCAUUGAGGGCAACAGUGUGGAGGAAUUCGCACAAUUUCUGCAAUGCAUAGACACAAUUUGUGUGGACAUAAAACGCACAUUCCACAAACUCUUGACGGUUCUCACGACAACAAGGGCGAGUCUUCUAAGGCAAGCGAAUCGAAUGGUUAUAAAAAAGACUGUGCGCCGGCAUAUUGAGGUGGAUAAGUGUACGCGCAUUGAGAAGACCGAUUUCGUGAUGGAGAUAGCCAAUGUGGAGAGAAUUUCGUUCACAGAUAUUCUGCAGCCCAAACUGCAUUUCUUCAGCGAAAAUAUACAGUUUCUGCCAAAGGGAGUGGCUUUCUUGGAAGCAUUUCUAGAUCAUCCUGAACAGUAUCUGAAAGCUUAAUCAAUUUGUACAAUUUAAUAUCAUGUAUAUUUGUUAUUAAAAAAUUUGUUUGGAAACGUAACGUCUGCCAAGAGCGAAGAAGAGUUGGCAGCACCUGCCAACAGGUAUUUAGUAUUUUGACAGAAAUAGCUGUACAAAAAGU